AUGGUGGAAAACUCUGAGCAGUUAGAACAACUAGCCACGAGCCGAGCUACAGAAGAAGUAGAAGAACAAGGAGAAGAUGACGAAGUUUUGUGGUCUUCGGACUCUGAAAUUGGGGAUGCUUUGGAUUGGUUGGACGCCAAGGAUGAUGGCGAAGCGGGUGAGGGAAGUUUUGCGCUGAAUUCCAGGCGGCCGAAUACUCAUGGUGGCCUCCAUUCUCGGCCUACCUCCUCAACGCUUCAACCUCUCUCCAAUCGUAAUCAGAAGUUCUCCCAUCAUAUCCGAGCUUCUCCUCUAGAGGAGUGGGAAGGGAGGAUGAACGUUGGGAUGUCUAACUCUGUUACGACUGCAAUUCGUGGGAGCGUGCGAGACAUGGCGAUACGAAAAACUAAAACCACUGAAAAAGCAGAUCUUGCUACUGUUGAGCAGGCCAUUGAUCCUAGGACAAGGAUGGUUUUAUUCAAAAUGCUUAAUCGUGGGGUGUUUAAUGAUAUUAAUGGCUGUAUCUCAACUGGAAAAGAGGCAAAUGUUUACCAUGCAUCAAAGUCUGAUGGUCAAGAGCUGGCAAUUAAAGUGUACAAAACUUCAGUACUGGUCUUCAAGGAUCGGGAUCGGUAUGUACAAGGUGACUAUCGGUUCAGAUUUGGUUAUUGCAAACACAAUCCAAGGAAAAUGGUAAAGACAUGGGCUGAAAAGGAAAUGCGAAACCUUUUGAGGCUAAAGGCGGCUGGAAUCAGGUGCCCAACUCCUUACCUUUUGAGGCUACAUGUCCUGGCUAUGGAAUUUAUAGGGAAAGCUGGUUGGGCUGCACCCCGUCUUAAGGAUGCUAGCCUAUCGUUGGAUAAGUUGCGUGAGGGUUAUAUGGAGAUGGUUAUUGCCAUGCGGACAUUGUAUCAGAAAUGCAGAUUGGUACACGGGGACCUUAGUGAAUACAACAUUCUUUAUUUUGAGGGUCAUCUUCACAUAAUUGAUGUCUCUCAAGCCGUUGAUCUUGAUCAUCCUCGGGCCCUUGAUUUCUUGCGUGAAGAUUGUGUUCAUGUUUCUGAAUUCUUUAAGAAACAUGGAGUCGGUGUGAUGAGUAUUAGGGAGCUGUUUGACUUUAUAGUCGACCCAACCAUUGCUGAUGACUCCAUUGACAUCUACCUGGAACAGGUCCAACAAAAAAUAAUGGCCAGAGAUCUGACUGCUGAGGAUGAAAUUGCUGACUCCGUAUUUGUUCAGGCGUACAUUCCAAAAACUCUGGAUGAUGUGAAAAAUGCAGAGGAGGAUGUGAUACGGUUGACGGGUGGACAGGACACUGAAGACAUGUACUAUAAGACGAUCACGGGACUGAAGCAUGCUCUUCCUAGAGCUACAGGAACGGAGUCUUCUUCUUCUGACGAUGAUGAUGGCAACUCGAAAGUAGAGAAAGGAAGGAAGCUUGAUGAUGAAGAAAAAGAGCCCUUGGCAGUUCAUCAGGAGGAUGCCAGUGGAGAUGAAGAAGACUCGAGUGAUUCCUCGGACUAUGAUGAUGAUGAUGAUGGGAGCAACGGUUCUGAGAAAGAGAGUCGCGGCGAGAAAAGGGCUGCUCGGAAAGAGAACAAGAAAAAAGUAAAAGAAGAGAAGAGGGAAGCUCGGAAGAGUAAAGUCCCCAAGUCCGUGAAGAAAAGAAAGAAGAAGUUGUCCAAAGCUAAGAAGACGAGGUAG